AUGGCGCCAGCUUUUGACGAGGAAGAUUUGUCUAUUUCGUUACCAAGUAAUGGCUCCAGAAGAUCCCCAAACAAAAGGCCCGAGCCACCGUCGCAACAGCAAAUACAAACCCAAAAUGCGACCACGAUCACGACUGAGCCCACCACUCAACGUACGACGCAACGACUUGGUCAGUACAACAUAAUCAAGACGCUUGGUGAGGGAUCAUUUGGCAAGGUGAAGCUUGCCGUGCAUCAAAUUAGCGGACAGAAGGUUGCAUUGAAGAUUAUAUCGCGCCGGAAGUUGAUGAACCGAGACAUGGCCGGAAGGAUCGAGAGAGAAAUUCAAUAUCUGCAGCUCCUGCGACAUCCUCACAUCAUCAAGCUAUACACCGUGAUUACAACGCCAAGUGAGAUCAUCAUGGUGCUCGAGUACGCUGGCGGCGAAUUGUUCGACUACAUUGUUCAGCAUGGAAAGAUGACCGAAGACUCCGCUCGUCGUUUCUUCCAGCAGAUGAUCUGUGCAGUUGAAUACUGUCAUAGACAUAAAAUUGUCCAUCGGGAUUUGAAGCCUGAAAAUCUGCUGCUGGACGAAUAUCUCAACGUCAAAAUCGCCGAUUUUGGACUAAGCAAUAUCAUGACAGACGGAAACUUUCUCAAAACAAGUUGCGGCAGUCCUAACUAUGCUGCGCCCGAAGUAAUCUCUGGGAAGCUCUACGCUGGACCGGAAGUUGAUGUCUGGAGCUGUGGCGUCAUUCUCUACGUUCUCCUGGUCGGUCGCCUGCCAUUUGAUGAUGAAUACAUUCCAGCACUUUUCAAGAAGAUUGCCCAGGGCAACUUCCAUGUUCCCAGCUAUCUCUCCUCUGGUGCUACGAGUCUCAUCAAGAAGAUGUUGGUAGUGAACCCUGUUCAUCGAAUUACAGUUCAGGAAAUCCGACAAGAUCCUUGGUUCUUGAAAGACUUGCCGGAUUACCUAAAGCCGCCAGUGGAGGAAUUUCUCGAUACGGGGGUCGACCCAAAUAAAGCUAUCGAUCCAAGGCGACUGGCUCCUUCGCAACCCCAGUCUGUUCAGGAGAGGCUACAUCAAUCUGUCAUUGGAAAGCUUGGAAAGACCAUGGGUUAUGCCAUGGACGACGUUCAAGAGGCACUUGGUCGAGACGAGCCCAGUGCGAUCAAGGAUGCCUACCUGAUUGUCCGGGAGAACACCAUCAUGAAAGAAAAUCCCAAUCUUUCAAAUGCCCAAGGAAUGCAACCUUGGCUUGCUCAGUCGCCGCCUGCCUGGAAUCAGCAUAUGCCAAGCUCGCCCCGUGGUCAUGAUGGCCAUCAGCGUGGUCAUCACGUCUCUUCGCCCAUAAGUAGAGUCAUGAAUCGGCUCCAUAGGGAUUCCAGCUCCAGCCAGCCGAGUCUGCACGAGGUUAGAAGCCCUAGCAGUAACAUUGCUAUCCUUCCGAGCAGCAUGCCGGAUUAUCACAAGGCAUUCAUGAAAGGACGUCCUCCAUCCACAGGGUUUUCACCCAAGGACCGUACUGGCGAUGAACACAUUGUAUCUAGCGCAGAGCAAGCUGAGAAUGCCCGCCGGCUCCGUCCACACAAUCGGGGACACUCUGCAAGCGAUAAGCCACCCAAGCCUGAGAUGAUGACGCCCAUCCCCUCAAAGAAGCCCCGCCCGACCAAGUGGCAGUUUGGUAUCCGAAGCCGAAAUCAACCCCUCGAAGCCAUUGGAUGCAUUUAUCGUGCACUAAAGACCCUUGGAGCCGAGUGGGAAAUUGGCGAUGAAAAUGACUAUACACAGGAUGAUCAAACAGAAGGCUCCUCAAGACCUCGAGGUAGUAGCGUUAGCGAUGACGACGAGCCCAAGUCUGGUCACUGUGAACAUUACGAAGGCGGCCGAUCUCAGACGGCCUUGUCUUCGGAUGGUGCAUCGCUUCAUCAUGAGACUUCUCUGACUGGCGCAUCCUCUUACACGACUGAGAGUGAAGGGCGUCACCGAAGGUCAGGAUCUGAUUACUAUACACUCCCUGAAGAUCCGUGGGUCAUUCACUGCCGAUGGCGCAAAGACGAUAUGUAUCCUGCCGGCAUGCCGCAUCCCAGUAGUGCCCAUGGCAGUCGAGUGACUCUCAAUGAGGAGCCAAAGUCCAGGAAACGGAGUAACACGACAGGCAGCGUGAACAGCGUGAGUGGAAGCAUUGGUAGCCAAACAGGAAGUGUUGCGCAACCGGGAAGCCUCUCUCGCUAUCCCGACCCCGAUGAGAGUUGUUUUGUUCAUAUGGAGAUCCAGCUGUAUCAGUUGGAGCGAGACUUUUACCUGGUGGACUUCAAAUGCGCAGGGUAUGAAUGUCUAAUCGAGGAUGUGGUGGAGGAGGUAUCGGCAACUCAAGAGGUAGAAAAGGUUGAAGGCGAGCGCAUUGGUAGCAAUCUCCCUAGCGCGCAAGGGUCGGCGUCCAACCUCCAUGGGAAACUCAGACACUUGAAAGGAGUUGGAAGAAAGGAGGAGGAGAAGGAUGUUUCUAGUCCUUUUCCAUUCCUCGACCUUGCGAGUAAACUUAUCAUUCAGCUGGCUGAAGCCGACUGA